AUGUGGGAUGCUGUAAAUAGAAACAAUCAAGAAAUUAUCAGUUCAGAUAUGAUUCUUAUUGAUGAACAGAAUAAUGCAAUACAUUCUACCAUUCAUAAGAAUAUUUCAAAAAAACUCAAACCUUUUCUGAAAGAAGGGCAGCUGUAUGCAUUAUCAAACUUUGAAGUUGGUAAUUGCAAUGAAUUCUAUAGGCCAAUUCAAAAUGAGCAAAAGAUCAUAUUCUUGCCAACAACCAACAUUCAAGAAUUAACAGAAACUGAAGUCAAUAUACCUCAUCAUAAAUUUGAAUUUGUUGACUACAACACCAUCGUUCAACGACUUAACAACCAUGUCCAGCUAUCAGAUAUUAUUGCAAAAGUGGUUGCUAUCGGUCCAAUUGAACAUCCUAUCAUUAAAGGAUCAAAAGUUGCAAUGAGAAACAUAACUGUGAUGACUAUACAAGGAAAUAAAAUAAAGCUUACCCUUUGGGGACCAGUUGCAAAUGAAAUUGAUGAUAACCUCUUCAAAAGGAAUCCGGGACCUUUUAUUAUAGUUGCUACAUGUCUAAUUGUGAAAACUUUUAAAGGGGAAUAUAACUUAUCAUCUACAAGCGGAACAAAAAUUUAUAUAAAUUUGGAGAUUCCAGAGACUUCUGCGUUUAUGGAUCAGGACGUGAAAAAUGAUCAUCUUAUAGAAGAGCUGCCAAGACAAUUUAAGCCACAAAGAACAAUUGAAGAAGAGAUGAAUAAUAGCAGAAGAACCAUAAUUGAAAUACUAAACAUGGUCUGGAACUCUGAAAAUAAGGAGACUAUCUUCACCUGCCAUGGAAAGAUUACAAAAAUUGAAACAGCUUUUGGUUGGUACUUUAUGUCAUGCGAAACAUGUCGUAGAAAGGUUAAACCAAGAGGUGAACAUUUGUGGUGUGAUCGUUGUAACAAACUGGCAGGCUUCCCAAUCCCAAGGUAUAGAAUUGAACUGAAAGUUGAAGAUGACACAGGAUUGACAACAUUCAUUUUAUUUGAUUCUAUGGCUGAAAAAUUACUCCAUAUAUCAGCAAAAGAACUUAUAAAUAAAUGUUCACAGGUACCUGAAGAGUUUGACAUGCCUAUGCAAAUAGCAAACCUUAUUGGGAAAACAUUUGUCUUCCAAUUGGAACUCAAUGAUUAUAACCUCAAACAAGGAUGGGAGAUCUACACAGUAAAGAAAGUUUUUGAUCCUGUUAUGCAGAUUGACAAUUCAGUUAAACUUGAUCAAAUAACUGAUUAUUAUAUGAGCGAUGCUACAAAUGAUUCUGACAACAACUUACCAAGUGAAAAAGAUGCUAAUCCUACAAAUGAUGCAAGUCAUGUACAGCUCACACCUAUUGCAGAUCGACAAAAGAGGAAAAGGAAACAAAAACUCCUUUAAUAUGUUGAAACUUAUGUUACAAAUUAUUUCAACUUUUCUUACAAUAAUGCAAUCACCAUUAGGAAGGUGUUCUGCUAUCUGUUGGGAAU